AUGCCUGAUAGGCCUCAUUGGUCCGGGCACGGCAGCGGUGAAUGCGGCACCGCAAACUGCCCGACCGGUGAAGCAGACGACACCCAUCCGAUUUUCUGGCCAAGAUUCGGCCAUGGAACCUCCCUGGGCUGCCUUGGCCAUCCUUUGCCCCAAUGCCUGGCUUCACAACGAGGGGGAGAACCAUGCGCAGGACUACAGCGUCUGUUUCCUGCCCAACGAUCACUCGGUGCUGCCGCGGGGCCGUCUCAGUGCUGCAGACCGCGCCUUGGCACGGAGCAGUCCCAAUGCAGACGAGGUCUUCUUAGGCUUGCGCGUGGCUGCUCUCCGAUGUGCUUUU